AGAGACGGACGGACAGACAGACAGACGGGCCCGGGCGGACAGAGGGCCCACACCAUGGGCGGCAGCGGCAGCGCCACCCGGCGGGUGACCUUCGAGGCGGACGAGAAUGACAACAUCACCGUGGUCAAGGGCAUCCGGCUCUCUGAAAAUGUGAUUGGCCGAAUGAGAGAAUCUUCUCCAUCUGCUACCAAGUCCUCUGGGGGCUCGACAGUUAAUGAAGAAGAACUAAGAAGACGAGUAGCGGAAGAAUUGGCGUUGGAGCAAGCCAGAAGGGAAUCCGAAAAUCAAAAGAGUAGGCUGAAACAAGAAAAAAGUCAGGCACGCGAUGAAAUCAACAAAUUUCUCGAACGAGAGCGUGCUGCCACCAAUGAACAAUUGACCAGAGCUAUUCUACGAGAGAGGGCUUCGAACGAGGAGGAGCGCUUGAGGACAAAGGACUUCGACUUAGACACAAAGGCCAGGCAGCUGGAAGAGAAAGACAGAGCGAUGAAGAAACAGGAUGCCUUCUACAAAGAGCAGCUGGCUAGACUGGAAGAGAGGAGUGCUGAGUUCUACAAAGUCACCACAGAGCAAUACAAGAAAGCUGCUGAUGAAGUCGAGUCUAGGUUCAAACGAUACGAGACUCAUCCGGUCUGUGCUGAUCUGCAGGCUAAGAUCCUCCAGUGCUACCGACAGAACUCCCAGCAGACCCUCAACUGUUCUGCCCUGGCCAGCGAAUACCUUCACUGUGUCAAUCAUGCCAAAGAGAGCGUGCUCGGGAGAGGAGGAUAGAGCCGACUCCAAAUCAAGCAAAAGCCCAUCAACUUUCAUUCCGGCGGCGGAACUUUUUUCUUUUUUUAUCCCCCCCGAGAACAAUCUAGCGGGCUAUUUAAAGGGCAAGACCGGUAAAGAGACAAUCUGGGAGAGCCGAUUCAACAGCAGCAACUGUCACAACUCAGUCAGCAGGCAUCCGAAAAGCCAGGACCUGUAUCCGAUUGCAUCCGAAAUCAGGCAUCAAAUGACACCGUUCAGUUGUAGUCAAACCCACGAAUUUGUAAUUGGAAGCGGGGAGGGGAAGGGCCAGCCUCCCCUUUUCUCUGCCCCUCCUCCAUCCCCACCCCAAACCCCUUCCAUUGAUCACAGAAAAAAACCUCCCUCCCUGCCGGCCCUUAGGGGAGGAGCAAAGAGGGCCACGGGAGUGGGCAAUAAUCCGGCUCAGUGAGCUGGCCACUUCUGCUGGCUGGGUGGAAGACCAUUUCUGUCCUUUAUUCUUUGAUUUUCCUCUCCGGUGUCUGAACGGAGCUGUUGAUUUUUAAUUUAUCACGGAGAUCAUGUAACUGGAAAGAAAAGAAAGAUGUCCCCCUCUUGCUGGAAUAAUUGUUUGUGAUUGCAAGUAGAAUAGGGUCCUUAAUCAAUGUAGACACAACCUUCCAUCCUCUGCCGUGUAUACUGACUUACCAGGCCUUACUGGGUAUCAAUAAUAAAUCUAUUUUAGGAACGAGACCGA